UUUAAAUGAAAAGGUUUUUAGAGCUAAAGUGAAGUAUUCUCGCGGGAAAAUAGUUCAUGUGAGCUGAGACAACGUAAAAAGGGGAAAAACUAGGCGAGAAAAAGAGCGAACACGAAAACAGGGCGACAACACUCGCUAUGCACGUAGGUGUCGUUCUGACACUCUGCAUUUUCUGUCUUUGGUAUACAAAUGCAGAAUGCCGAAGCAGUAACCAUGAAGGCGAGGACCCAGCUAYGUUAGCCCUAAUAAAAAGCAAAGAGAACGCACACAAUUUAUCAGYAUUUAUCAACGAUGUCUUAAAGAACUACGAUCGCAAAGUUCGCCCAAAUGCUGGCGGUAAACCGGUCUUAGUGUUCAUAGAGUUUAAAGUCAUUUCUUUCGGAGAAAUUAAAGAAGCUAACAUGGAAUAUACUUUUGACAUAUUCUUGAGACAAUGGUGGUACGACCCAAGAUUUAAGAACAAUUUCACUGAGCCAUUCACCAUGGCCGCCGACCCGACAAAGAUGUUUUGGACGCCAGACACGUACUUCUGGAACGUGAAAAAAUCCUCUUAUCAUCACGUGACCCGUGAGAACAUGAGAGUCAUGAUAUGGCCUGAUGGGAAGAUCUACUUUAGCGGCAGGAUUACCUUAACUGCACAGUGUGACAUGGACCUACAUCUCUACCCCAUGGAUACACAGCACUGUCCACUUCUGAUUGAAAGCUAUGCUUACACAACGAAUGACUUGAACUACACUUGGAAAGGAGGAAACUCCCAAGGAAUCGAGAUAGUGUCCAGUGAAAUGGCGCAGUUUGAUUUGAUUGAUGUCAAAACGAUUACAUUACAGCAAACGAAUAGCAAAGGCUCAUUCGCGAGGCUGACAGCAGUGUUCUCAUUCAGAAGGCGCACAGAAAGCUUCGUAUCUUCCAUUUACGUCCCCGCAGUAGUUUUAGUUGUUUUGUCGUGGUGCUGUUUUUUUGUGAACCCGGAAGCAGUCCCAGCACGUGUGGGACUCAGUAUCACCACCAUCCUGACGUCCAUCCUAUUACAAGGAAAUGUCAAUAGCAACAUGCCUAAAGUCAGUUACAUGAAGGCGGUGGACCAUUUCCUCUUGACGUCGUUUGGUUUUAUUUUUGCCGCUUUGUUGGAGUAUAUAUUAGUGCUCAAUUCUGAACCUGAAUUCGAUGCUGAGAAUUUUUGGAAGAGAAAGAAAUCAAAAGAAAUGAACUUGAGUGUGGAUAAUGAAGGAACGUCUAAUGUGGACAUCGUCGUCAGGGUUAUGGAUGAAGGAGUUUGUCGAAUCCGAAACAAAAAAGGCAACUACACUGUUCAGAGAGAGUCGCCAAGGAUAACCGCUAGAAAAACCAAAAUAUUGCAUAAAGUUCACUGGAUCGACAAAAUUUCCAGAUUUAUCUUUCCAUUCCUUUAUGUCAUUUUCAUCAUCUGCUACACUUCAUAUUAUAUGUCGCAAAGAGAGUAAGAAAAACACACACAACGUAAAUGAUAAGACUGUAAAAGUACAAAUCUAGGUUUCCUGCGCUUUUUACUUCUUGUCUUUAUGAUAACUCUGCAUUUGUUUAUCUGUGUUAUUCUUAAGGGAGACUAUGUACAGUCUUGUAUGUAUCAGCUGUCAAUCAUAAGGAUUAAAUGUACAUAUCAGCUGUUAAUUAACAGGAUCAAAGUCAAUCAUCAGGAUUACAUGGGUGUGUUGUAUGCAUCAGAUGUCAAUCAACAGAUCAAAUGGGUGUCUUGUGCAUAAAAGCUGUCAAUCAACAGGAUCAAAUGGGUGCCUUUUGCAGCUGUCAAUCAUAUCACCAGAAACAAAUGGGUGUCUUGUGCAUAACAGCUGUCAAUCAACAGGAUCAAAUGGGUGCCUUUUGCAGCAAUGUCAAUUAUAUCAUCAGAAACAAAUGGGUGUCUUGUGCAUAACAGCUGUCAAUCAACAGGAUAAAACGGGUGCCUUUUGCAGCUGUCAAUCAUAUCACCAGAAAUARAUGGAUGUCUUGUGCAUAACAGUAAUCAAAGCAGGACCUUAAGUUCCCAAUUCUCAAUUCAUCACAUGGGCAUUAUACCAUGGUAGUACUACAGUCUCAAUAAUAAAUUUCAAUUCAAUUUCCAGUCCACGGCUGGAGACUGAGCCUAAAAUGUUGUGCAAAUUUCUUUAUCCUUGUAUAUUUUUUCUUUKAAAUUCAUUUAUUCAUUUCAGAAAGAAACCAGUGAUGUUGUCUACAACUAGUUCAUAGAUAAAYGACCAAGAUAAAUAAAGAUGAAUGAAUAGAGACA